AUGUUCCAACAAGCUUUGUUUUCCACUCUCCUCUGUGUGGCUUUUGUUCCUCUACAUGCUCAGUUUGAUGGGGAUACUGGAGAUGUCAGUUCUACCUCCUGUGCAGAAAAAAGAAACUGUCCCAUCAAUGUCUACUUCAUCAUCGACACCUCGGAAAGCGUUGCUCUGCAGACUGUGCCCAUCCAGAGCCUCGUGGACCAAAUAAAGCGGUUCAUCCCUGUGUUCAUUGACAAACUGGAGAGCGAGCUCUACCAGAACCAAGUCUACAUCACUUGGCAGUUUGGUGGGCUUCAUUACUCAGAUGUGGUGGAAAUUUAUAGCCCUUUGACAAGCAGCAAAGACAUUUACCUGCCCAGGUUGUCCGCUAUCAACUACCUUGGCCGGGGCACCUUCACGGACUGUGCUAUCUCCAACAUGACAGAGCAGAUCCAGACCCAGAUGGCCAGCGGUGUGAACUUUGCGGUUGUUAUCACUGAUGGCCAUGUCACCGGCAGCCCCUGUGGGGGGAUGAAGAUGCAGGCCGAGAGGGCCCGAGACAUGGGAAUCAAGCUCUUUGCGGUGGCUCCCAGCGAGAAGGUGUAUGAGCAGGGGCUGCGGGAGAUUGCCAACCUGCCCCAUGAGCUGUACCGCAACAACUAUGCCAUCACGCAGAAAGACACCCUGGACAUCGAUGUCAACACCAUCGAUAGGAUAAUCCAAGCCAUGAAACACGAAGCCUAUGGAGAGUGCUACAAGAUGAGCUGCCUGGAGAUUGCAGGGCCACCUGGUCCCAAGGGAUACCGAGGGCAGAAGGGUGCAAAGGGGAGCAUGGGUGAGCCAGGCUCCCCUGGGCUGAAGGGACGACAGGGCGACCCAGGUAUUGAAGGUCCGAUCGGAUACCCUGGUCCCAAGGGUGUCCCAGGGCUGAAAGGAGAGAAGGGAGAAAUUGGAUCCGAUGGACGGAGGGGUGCCCCUGGUUUGGCAGGCAGGAACGGCACUGAUGGACAGAAGGGCAGGCUGGGGAGAAUUGGACCACCAGGAUGCAAGGGUGACCCCGGUGACAAGGGCCCUGAUGGCUACCCAGGAGAUGCAGGAGACCAAGGUGAAAGAGGAGAUGCAGGCAUAAAGGGAGAUCCUGGCCGGCCUGGUCGCAGUGGACCCCCAGGACCUCCAGGAGAAAAAGGAAGCCCGGGACUUCCAGGCAAUCCUGGAGCUCAAGGGCCUGCUGGAAGCAAGGGGAGGAAAGGUGAAGCAGGACCUCCUGGACCCAAAGGAGAGCCUGGUCGACGUGGAGAUCCAGGGACAAAGGGCAGCAAAGGCACUCCUGGGGGCAGAGGAGAAAGGGGAGAUCCUGGUCCAGAGGGUCCUCGUGGUUUGCCUGGUGAGGUUGGGAACAAAGGAGCAAGGGGAGACCAAGGACUGCCAGGACCCCGAGGCCCUUCGGGUGCUGUGGGAGAGCCAGGCAGGAUAGGAUCACGUGGAGACCCUGGUGACUUGGGCCCAAGAGGUGACGCUGGACCACCAGGACCAAAGGGUGACAGAGGCAGACCUGGCUUUAGCUACCCUGGACCCAGAGGACCGCAGGGUGACAAGGGUGAGAAGGGGCAGCCAGGACCCAAGGGAGGAAGAGGUGAGCUUGGACCAAAAGGAGUGCAAGGAACCAAAGGAGAGAAGGGGGAACCGGGUGAUCCUGGCCCAGGAGGAGAACCUGGACUCCGUGGUCCACCUGGUGAAGCAGGCCUCGAG